UCUUAUGCCCCUCUCGAAACCAUACAACCUUCCUCUGAAACAUUUUUAUUCUUUUACAAUAAAAAUUAAAAGUUAUUUGGAGUGGGUCAUUAAAAUGGGGACAUCCUGUAUAAAAGAAAAAUUACGUAGAUCCUGCGGUGAAGGCGCACGUCCGUCGCCUUCUCUCUCCCGGACAACCCUCAAACGACGAGGACACAGAAUCCUCGAACGCUAUCAUGACGAAUAACCCCAAGAACGUCGCAACUUCCGGCAACGUAGAGGGCAAGGAGUUCGGCAAAACGCCGGAAAUGUCCGCGGAUGCGUCGGUGCCACUGUCAUCGACGAGAAGCAACGGGUCGUACAGCGACGCCUCUAUCUCCUCGGAAUUGGAGGCGCUUCUGCCGCCCGUGGACCACUUCAAGGAAGAGGAGAGAACCCAGUGGGAGCCCCUCUCCGCUGAGAAAUUUCCUCGGCAAAAAAAUACGCCUAGGUUCGAAGCAUACAUGAUGACCGGCGACCUAAUGUUGAACCUCUCGCGCACGCAACAGAGCAGUAAUCUCCUACCCAAGCAGCAUCAGCAGCGCAAGAUCGACUCCCUUAGGUACAACCAACCCAGUCACCAGCACGCCACCACCACCACCGUCACCACCACCAGCAUUCAUCACAAUCACAAUCACCAUCACCAUCACCACCAUCACAACUCGGUACCCAGCAGUCCCAACGAGACUCAGCUGGCCUAUCAGUAUCACCAUCACCAUCGGGGAGGUGCUUACAAGGCUUCCAGUUCGGCUAGCACGUCACCCGUGAGCGCUGCCAGGCGCGACGGGAUGCAGAGCACCUCGGGAGCCCUGGUCCAGGUAGAUCCCAGCAAGAGCACCCCCUCGAGCUUCGGUUUCGUCCGCACUUCGCGAUCGGAGGAUCAUCUACAGUUCCAGAAGGACCCCUCGAUGAGUGCCGUGGACAUCGACAUCGACGACGAUGUCACCUCGAGCCUGAACACUCUGUUGGACCCGCGACCAGAAGGCCUGAUGCCGAACGAACGUAUCGUCUGGACGUACAACGCGCCCGUCAGCUCACCGGCCGCCUCCUGUUGCCAGAACGGCGGUUCUUCAUCCUCGUCCUCCUCCUCCUCGUCCUCCUCGACGAGUCCUCAGCGUUCUCUAUCUCCCGCCUCUCCCACCUCCGUCUCGUCCUCCGUCAUGUCCUCCAACUCUGGCUCCCGCAGGUUUCCGCUGGUGCAAACGAUCCCCGGGAUCUCCGGCGUCCCGGGAGCUCAUCUUCCCGCUAACGGCGAUCUCAGUCAAUCGGAGGCCAUCAGCAACAUGUCCAGUCCGGAUUACAAUGACGAGGAGACGAUGGAUAUUCUCAGCGCGAGGGACAUUAUGAUGGUCAGCGACCCCAGCGACAGCGAUUCCACCAUCCUGGCGAGCGAACCACCCCAGAGGAGACUGAAGGCGAAUCCUCAGGACGCUGGGGAACAUAGGAUAGUAAUUCAGGUAAAGGGGCCCGAUAAGGAAACUCCAAGGAACACGAGUCCCAGACAAGCCAGGAGAAGAGGGAACCCUGGGGACCUGGGACCGCCUAUCACAUCCCAAAACCUGCAAAGAAAUCAAUCGUCUGGAGUUCCUGGGAUGCCUAACAUCACUGCGGGAUCUGUAGCACCCGAAUGCGUAGGUUAUCAGGAAUUGAAGGAGUUCGAGGACGAGAAGGAGGUCCUAACCAGUGCACCCACGUGCGACGAACAGAAGGGACACGGAGGAGGCGCGUCGCCGCCGCAAUCGGCUGAUGAAGAGAGCGACAUCGAGAGUCUGCAUAGUUUUCAUUACAGCCCGAAAGCGGUAGAUCUACCCUCUGCUGUUCGACUAGCCAAACGCCUUUAUUCUCUGGACGGCUUCAAGAAAUCCGACGUCUCCAGGCAUUUAAGCAAAAACAACGAUUUUAGCAGAGCUGUGGCAGAGGAGUAUCUGCGCUAUUUCAACUUUGAGAAGGAUACGUUGGAUGUAGCUCUCAGAAAGUUUCUCGCUCAAUUCUCUCUGACGGGAGAAACCCAAGAAAGGGAGAGAGUCCUGGUACACUUUUCCAAGAGGUAUCUGGACUGCAAUCCCGGUAGUUUUAACUCUCAAGAUGCGGUUCAUACAUUGACUUGCGCAAUAAUGCUGCUCAACACGGAUCUGCAUGGUCAAAAUAUCGGUCGAAAGAUGUCUUGCUCGGAAUUUAUCGAGAACCUGUCGGAGCUCAAUGACGGCGAUAAUUUUCCACGCGAGGUUCUUAAGCAGCUCUACAACGCUAUCAAGUCCUUUCCUCUCGAAUGGGCCCUGGACGAAGAGGGAGACGAAACGACGAAUCAGAUGAUUCAGCAGGGCGAUGGUACGACGGCGAUCGCCGGUACCGGAAAUCCGUUCCUCGAUGUGCCAAAUGUAACGGGUGCCACGGAAUUCAAAAAGGGUUACGUUAUGCGCAAAUGUUGUUACGACUCCAACGGCAAGAAAACUCCAUUUGGCAAACGAGGCUGGAAGAUGUACUAUUGUACACUGCGCGAGCUCGUGCUGUACUUACAUAAAGACGAGCACGGCUUCCGUAACGACAGUUUGCACAACGCCAUACGUAUUCAUCAUGCGCUGGCUACCAAAGCGACCGACUACACGAAGAAGCAGCAUGUCUUUCGAUUGCAAACGGCCGAUCAGGCCGAGUACCUUUUCCAGACGAGUGAUUCGAAGGAGCUGCAAUCGUGGAUAGAUACGAUCAAUUUCGUGUGCGCCAGUUUUUCGUGUCAACCACUAGCAGGUGCUGUCGGGUCUCAACGCAAGUUCCAGCGUCCGUUGCUGCCAUGUAGCCAUACUAAAUUAAAUUCCAGAGAGCAGUUGCGGGACCACGAGGAUAGAGUUAGCAGAUUGGAGGCGGAAUUGGACGAGCAUAGGCGGCAUCCUCCGGAAAGAGGCGCGAAAGCUCUCACUGUACAGAAUUAUAAGGAGAAGGACGCGUAUUUGCAUUAUGAGCUGAAGCGGUACAAGACGUAUGCUUACCUGCUCCGUUCCCGGCUGGCGUUCAGCGAAGUGGAGCCGUCGUCGCUGGUGGAGAGCAGCAUCGGCGAGGUGGACGAGGCCCUUCUCGGAUCCUCCGGGGCGAUGAUAAACGCGGAGGGGGCUCUGGUGCCACCACCGAUCCCGGAACGCUCGACGGCAACCAAUAGGUAUAGUUAUCUCACCGCUAUUUACAGCGGGGGCGGCGGUGCUCCAGGUCCGGGUGGUCGCAAUAUGUUGAACGGCGGUCAUCAGGACUAUAACGCAGGCGGUGGUAACGUUGGUUGACGCGAUGCUUUCGGUUGGUGCGGGUUGAUCUGACCCAGGUGCUGGUGCUGCUGGUGGUGUUGGUGUUGCCGAUGAUCUUGAUGAUCGAUAACGAUAUAGACAGGAGUGACGCAAACUAACGAUAUACCUGACGGCGCGUCGCGCGUAUAAACUGUAUAUCUGAUAUGGUAUAUUAAGUGAUAUAUUCUGCGGCGCAAAAUUGUUAAAAAUCAUACCGAACUGAUAAAAUAAUAUAAUGACUAAACGGUUUUCAAUAAGAGAGUUAUAAUAUAUAUAGAAAUAUAUGAAGGUAUUGUUAAGGCUCCCGGCUCCUCGCCGAUCAUGUUAGAUUGUGACGUCAGAGGCGAGAAAAUACGCGCUAAAAAUUAUUAGAUGCCAUUUCGACAUGAAAAGAUAUUUCGAUGAGCCUUUAAAAUACCUCGAAAACUAUCCUUUUUUCUUUAUAAUCAAUCAAUAGAUGUAAAAUAAUUGUAAUGUGAGGCAUUUUACGAUUGUUGAUUGAUUGUCCAGGGAAAAGAAUAGUUUUUGAGAUAGUUUAAAAGUGUGCUGAAAUAUCUUUUCAUUUCAAAAUAGCAUCUAAGAAUUUUUAGUGUGUUAUUUUCUCGCCUCUAAUGUCACGAUCUGAUGUGGUCGUAGUGAGGCUCCAGGAGCCUUAAGAUAAUUUAUAAAUAUGAAUAAUAUUAAAUUUAAUUGCUACGAUAUUUU